CGUGCCUCGCACAACCGACAACAGUACCUGUAACCGCUUCACGUGCUCACAUUCGAACACGUUAAACCCGCUGCAGUCAUCAUCAUGUCCGAUUCUUCGUUCAGCAUCACGCAUAGGAAAUACAUGGACCCGUGGGACCUGGACUUGCGGGAAGUCUCUUGGAGACACUCGAGCGACACGACGGACUGCUCUGCCGACCAAGUCGUGUCGCUGUCGUCAGCAGCUGGGCCUGAGUCGACCAGGUCGGAUUUUGUGUACGUGCCCGGUCCCAAAAAUCGAGCUCGGGCCAGGGCUCGUUCUGACAUCAUCAGCGACCGUUACUAUUACCAGUGUCCGCCGAAACCGUCGAGUCCCGAUGUCGAUUCGACCGAAGUGUACGAAUACUGGGAACCGCCACCGAGCAAGCAACAAUACAAUCAUUUUUAUCCCGUGGCAACGUCCAGCCAAUGUUGUUUGUUGUAUGACGUUUCCUCCGGACCGGAACAACGACGGUUCUCCCGUUACAACAGUGACGCGGAAUCGGUGAGCAGAACUUAUGAGACUAGUAGCGGCGAAUACGGUUCGUCCGAAAACGUCGCCGCCGGCCAAUUUCGGUAUAACACUUUAGGUCACAUGAAAAUUGAUUAUUCGUCAAACUGGCAAAAUUUGGACAAAUACAUAUGUCAAGCCUAGUGGGCGAAAUGUAUUAAUGUAUAGGAUAAUCGUUUUGUGGUAAUUUUUUUUUUUUUAACAGCAAAAUAUUGCCAUUUAUUAACUCAAUUUUUAAGAUACUCUAUUUUGUCAAUAAUAAUUAUUUGUGAAAAAUUGUAAUUGAAUGUAAACGCCAUCGAGUAGGUAAACAUUAUGUAAAUUUAGAUGUAUUAAUGUUAUUGCCAAAAAUUACUUAUAGUAAAAUAAUACGAACGCAUUAAUUGAAAAUAAUGAUAAAUCGUAAAAAAAUGUAAUAAUCGUUUAUUAUAACGUUGACACAAAAUGCGUAGUAUGAAAGUACCUAUUCUAUUACUGAUGCUAGUUCAAGUAGAACUAUUGUAUUUUAAUAUACUGGUGGCAUAUAUCACUGUUCACAUAUUAUAUAUAUAUAUUAUAGAAGCUGAACGAGUUUAAUCUAACCGACUCGUGCCAGACAUUACAUUUUUUCCAAUAUGUUAAGCAAUAAUAAUGGAUGAUGUCGAGAAAAAUGUGUUGGAUGGAAACCGCGUGUUAAAGCGUACAAAAUACUACUUAAAUACUCAUUACUCGAUUUUGGAUUAAAUCAACUUGUUACUAAGUUUUCCGUUUUGCGGCAGAAUCCAUAAACCGUUACACUACAUACCUAAUCAAACUUCAAUUUAAACUAGAUCAAUCUCAAUAACAACGUAAACAGGAAAAAAAAAAUCACUGUUAUUCAGUAAUUAGUUGAUUAGCGCAGGCCAGAACCACGUUCUAAUAGCGUGUACACGUUUUAGGUUUAAAAAAA